AUGAACUUCACCAAGAAAUUCGACCGCGCCUUCCAAUGGGCAGGCGAAAAGAUGGGAUCCGAAUCCAAGACGGGUCAGACAGACGAGUUCAGGAACUUGGAAAUGGAAAUGCAGUUGCGAUAUGAUGGAAUGGAGAGACUCCAGAAAUCCACAAACACAUACGUCAAAUGGAUCGCUCGCCGCGGUGAGGCCUUUGAAGACAAGGAGAAAGGACUGCCGAUUGCUUUCGUCGGUCGUAUGAUGAUUUCUCACGGCGAGGAAUUCGAGCCCGACUCCGAGUUCGGCGCCUGUCUGCUCUCUCUUGGUCGGACGAACGAGCGCCUCGCUGGCAUCCAGGAGAGCUACGCCUCCGAUGUGACCGACAACUGGCUCGUCUCUGUCGAGAGAUCGCUAGCCAUGAUGAAAGAGUAUCAGGCCGCACGGAAGAAGCUCGAGUCGCGCCGAUUGGCCUACGAUGCGAGUAUUAGCAAGAUGCAGAAGGCAAAGCGCGAGGAUUUCCGUCUCGAGGAGGAGUUGCGCACUGCCCGCGCCAAGUACGAGGAAGCCGGUGAGGACGUCAUGCGGCGCAUGCAGGACAUCAAGGACGCCGAGACCGACAACGUCCGCGACCUGACCAGUCUGCUCGACGCCGAGUUGAGCUACCACGAACGCUGCGCCGAAGAGCUGCGCCGUCUGCGUCAGAACUGGGCCGGUGGCAACGCACCUCCGUCGCCCACCGACCGUCGUUACAACAACGGUCGCGGGAGGUCCAACACGGCCCGCUCCUUCAACGACUACUCGGCCCGCGUCAACCACGUCGAGGAAGAACCCGAACCGAUGCCCGUCCGCAUGCCUAUCCGCUCCAACCGAUCCGAGGCCAAAUACGGCGCUUCCGCAGACACAACCCCGAGACCGACUAUUGCUAGAUCCCAGACGUUCCAGGGUUCUGCCGCCACCGAUCGACGCUCCAUCGCCGCCACGCCUCCUGUGCCCAACGUCUCCCAUAUUGGAUCUCUUCGGGGCAAUCUGAGACCUACAGGCAGACCACUUGCUAGCGACGUCUUUGCCGAUCGCGACGAUGAACACACGAUGAGCGGUAGUGGCAGUCCGGAAUGGAACGACCGCAGCGCAAGCCCAGCGACCAGUAUGGGGAGCAGCUUGACUAGAAGCACAAGCAACCUCCAGUCCAAGAAGGCGCCGCCGCCACCCCCUCCGAGCCGAGCCAAGAAGCCGGCGCCCCCGAUUCCUGCCAAACGGGAGGUUGGAUACUAG